CCCAACUUGUAUCUCAUUGUUUCUGUUUUUUGUGAUUUUGUCUAAAAAUGUAAUCUCAUCAUGUAUGAUGAUUGUGGUAAAAUGGUGUCACUUUGUCUUUUCAAUUAUUUGUAAGUGUGUUAUUGUGCAAUUCAUUGUGGACUGCCCUUCAGUUGCCCAUUCAAUUCAAUUUAAAUAUCUACUAAACAACUAUUCUCUGCAAGGUACCACUGUAAAAUGGUCAAGUGGGUGUUGAUCAAAGUUUUUUAUUUGUUGUAGUUUUGUAGCUUCUAUUGAGUUUUUGGACACAUAAUUAGGUAAUGUACCAAUAUAUAUCUUCCAGUGUACUUCACCAAUAUGGCAUACAAUAAAGAAAAUAAGACCAUCAUCAAUCAUUCCCUUGCAUAUGUGGCAAUAGAUUAGUGCCUGACACAGACAAGCAAAAUGAACCAGUCUCACCAGCGUUCCUCUCCUUAUAUGUCUAAGGAGGCGCAUAUUGUUCUAGGUCUGUGCCAAGAAGACUCCUCCAACACUGUGCAGUAUCUUGGUGAAGGCUCUGUGUCCUCUUGUACCUAAUGACUGAUGGUAUAUUUCAUAGAAAAACUUAAUAUUCUCACCAUGACUUUACCUCAAUUUAGCAAGUAUAUAAGUAUGACUUCAUGUAGCUUGUUCACUUGUGUAAGGAUAUUUUCUAGUGUAGUCCUGUAAAACUGUCAGUGUUCUGUUAUUAAACAAACUAAGCACAUUGCCAUUGGACUACACAUUGACAUUAUUUAGUGCCUUUUAAUCUCAAAUAUGUCAAUGUAUUGACUGAACCAGUGAAUGUAUUCAGUGAGUCAUUUCAGGGCACAUGUUGAGUUGCCAAGUUGCAGUUUCCAUCCUCUAGCUCCUUCCCCUGUUCUCUUUGUUUGUUUGUCUUGCCAGUGCCAUGCAGUUUAACACUGCAGUGUCAUCCAUUUUUACCCAUUUGGUCCAUCAACAGCUGGAAGACAGAACUAUUGAUACAAUACAAGCAAGGGAUUCUGUUAGUUUAAAUUAUCAACACAUUCAGAGUGAUAUCUUGUAGGAAAAGGUGAGAAUGGUGAAUAGAUUUUUGUACUCUUGUGACCAUCACAAAACUUAAAAUGAACUCAAAUAAGCAUACUACAUAUUAGUCUUUUGUUAAAUAAUCCUUUUUAUUGAGCACAGCGCAUACAUUCAUUCUUAAAGGUCUGGUUUGUGAAGAGACUCAUAUUUGUGUACCAGUCUGAACAGCCUCCAGAUGGGUUGUGUCUUGCUGCAAACCGAGUAGCCUAUAAAACCCACAGAAGUACUUGGCUGACUACAUUUUAUUUGUUUGAAAAACUUUCCUUAUGAAAAAGACAACUGCACUUUUUGAAUCAGACAAUGGGAUAUAGUGACUUAAUAUCUUAUUUUAUUCAUCUCUUAAUGGCUUUUUAUGCUUUUUGGAAUCUUAGUUGUUGGAAUGAAGUUUGUGCUUACCAUUGGGAGUGUUAAAUGGGGCAGAAGAUUGAAUAGGAGUACCAGUUGGCACUUGAGGGCAGUAUGGCUUUGUAACUUGAGGUGCUGUGGCCAUUUGUGGUCACAUGACUCCAACCCACUGUCACCUCAGAAACCAGCAGCGCCUACUGCUCUUAUCCAAUCAUGUCAGGAAUGCUGGCCCUUACUCGGCUCAGGCUAUUUCUGCUGUCUGUCUCUGGUGCUUAGUAGUGCUAAGAGUCCCUUUUCCCCCUUACCCCUUUCACUUAUUAUCACUCCCUCUGCCCCUCCGUUCAGUGUGUAGUGAAAAAGUUGUCUGCUCUCUCUGUGGCUCCUUUAGCUCGUAGUGUUACGUCAGUUCAGAGCAGUUGACUGGAAAAGGUUUGUGGGAGGGGUGUGGAAUUGACAGGGGCAGAGAAAGAAGACUCGGCAAAAGAAUAGAAGUGGAAACCAAGGCACAAACUCAAAACUAUUUUACAGUAAAAGUGUGAGCUCUGGGACCUUUGAAAAUGGCACAGCGUCUGCGUUUGUACUUUGGCUCUGGCCGCAGUAAUACAGCCCCGGAGAUACUGGAGGAGAACUCAGAGGAGCAGCCACCAGGAGAGCGUGAUCCAACCGCAUCAGCCCAUGCCCAGGAGUCGCCUUUCGAAAACUUUCCAACCAGGACUUUACGACUGUACUCGGAGCCUUCACUUAAGCGCAGUUCAUCUAUGUUUAUUCCACAGCUUUCCUCCUCCUCAGAAGCACGGCCGACCAAGAGCUCUUCCAUGCACAUCUCUCUCCAGCGUGCCAAUGGAUUUAACAAUGGAGAUUCCAAUAUUUGCACUGAUGAUGUCCCACCACCUUCAUACAGUCCUCCAGGUCCUGCGCCUGCUUAUCCUGAACCUCCAAACCAGCAUGUCCCACUACAGCCACCUCCUCCGUACUGCAAUCCAGAACCAAGCUCAUCCACUUGCUUUACUGAGCCAAACUUGCCCAAACGAAGGGUCUUCAGUAUUGGCUCCAAUGGCUAUACCGUCUACAGCAGGGCCCAGCCAAGUAUCAGUGUUGGUGGAAUUAGUAUCCAAAGGAAAUCCCCAGAUGGUAGCGAUAUCCAACAUGUCCGAAUCCUUCCUUAUGGAGGAGCAGGCUGGUGUGUUCAACAGCAGAACUCUGAUUAUAAUUCCACUGCUAAUGGGGAAACGCAGAGAGUAGUCUUUCAAGUCCAGCAAAACCAGAACCCUCAGUGUCACAGUGACAACCAAGAAUGGCAACCACAUAAUAUGGUCAGUGUAACCAAUUCAAACAGAAACCGCAUUGUGCGCUACCCCAGAAUAAGACUUGAAAGAAGCUCCUCUUAUCCAAAAUUAUAUCAACGUCAGGAAACUGGGGGUGUAAACACAGAAGAAAACCAGCCAGGCACAGAGACCCAGCAGAGGAACAGGGCCAAUGGUUAUGUGUUGAAUUUAAGUGGAGACUCACGAAGAAGUAAGCCUCGUUUCAAGAUAUAUUUUAAUUCUGGAGGAGGAGAUCAAAAUGUUGACAAUGAUUCCACAUGGAAUGAUCCUAAGGUAAAAUAUGGUGUUUAUUGUAAAUGUGUUUAUUGUUCAUUAUGUGUCUUUAUUAUUUGGUUUGUUAUUUCAGUGUGCUGCUAUAAUAUUCGCCCAUCUUUAUUGUACACAGCUGAGGUGAAGCUAUGUUGACUUAUACUUAUCUUUAUUUCCCUUAAAUCUCAAAGAAAAUUUUCUGUGGUAUUUUCUGACCAGCUGCUGCUAGUUCAAUCAGGAAAGUACACUUGCAUGGAGAAAUGUAAUACUAAAGUUUGGUAAUACCCAUAACUCUGCCCAUUGCUCUGAGUGUUUGCUGUUACUAUCUUUAGCCUCAAGUGUGGUUGUUGAUUUUAAGUAUGGGUAGGCAGUAUGCCUUUGACUCAGGCAUAGUGAAACAAACAACGUUAAGAGUGAUUUAAUGGCCUAUAUUAUGAUAAAUCGACUUAAUAGCAAUUGUGUCAGAUACAUAGUGCAAUAGUCCUCCCAAUGGUUAAUGUUCACCAACUCGUAGAGGUGUGUUCUGUGUCACUUUGAUUAUUCUCAACUGAACUCUGUUAUUGCCCAACUUGGAGACAUUCCUAUUAAAAACUAGGCUGUGCAUUACUCUAGAACCAUUUGUUUAUGUUUAGAAGUUUGCAACUUCAUGCAAUUGGGCCAGAAUACACUUACCUUUUGUGAAGAAACAGAGCAUUUGAUGUUCUCAUCUCUUUAUUUUGUUAUAGUUGACUGUAAUCAAACAGGUUUACUACUUAUAUCUGCGUGUUACCAAACUAGUCUUUGGGACAGCUGCUGGCUCAACUGUGACCCUUGACUAUAAGUACACGUCAUUAGUUAAAACGCUUAUUAGAGUUAAUAACAGACCCACAAUUUAUCUGGAAGAAAAAAAUUGUAAUAUAAAAGUGAUAUUUUGUCAAUUCUGAAGGGAUAUACAUUUAACUUAUAAACCUAAGUAUUAAAUACUGUGAAUCCAGCGAUUUCUACAUUGGCUGUAAUCUAACUGUACUGAAAUAAUUUGAUUGCACUGAUUGUACCUAGGUGAUUAGAUUUUAGUAGAUUGCCUUCACUCUGAAUUAACAUGCUUGAGCAAUGAUUAUGUACUUAAGUGUUGAUUUUUGUCUGUAAUGAGUUGUGUCCUACACAGGCUGUAUCCAAGAAUGGGCUUUUUCAUCUGGGACAGGUAAACAAUACAGCAGUAAGGGCUUCUCCAGUGCAACCCCAUUCUUUGUCAGUCCUUCCUCUUUUCCACUUUACCAUUGAUUACAGCACAUGGAUGGGCACAUCUAUUGUCUUCUUUGAUUCAGGCAAUGUCCCACUCAUCUUUUCCUGUGUUGACCUCUCACUCCUUUGUUUGGCUGAUGUGUCUUCUUUCUGUGGCAAUGACGAGUGGAUUUGGAUUUUGGGUUUUACAUGUUUUUUUUUCUCCUCCUAAUAAAAUCAAAGGUCUAUAAAGCCUUAAAGUAUAAGCUUUUUAUUUGCAUACCUGAAGAAACCUGUGCUGAUAAAAGGCUACUAAAAAGUUAAUAUGUUAAAUUUAUAAAAAAAAUAAAAAUAAAAAAAAAUUAAA